AUGAGCGAUCUUAUUAAAUUUUCUGAUAUAGAAAUCAGAGAAGACACAAGUCAAGGACCAAUAUAUAUGUAUGAUUCUAUGGAUACAGAUGAAAUAAAUAAAACAAAUAUUGAUAUUCAUAGCGAUAAUGAUGAUUCUAAUAAUGAACCUGAUUUUCUUCCUGUGAAACCAAAAAUGGUUAGUAGUCUUGCGACACAUAAAGAUUUUGACCUAAAGGAAUAUUCAGAAUUUUUAAUGAUGUUAAAAGACGUAAGAGAAAUAGCAGGAAUAGGAUCAGAACCUUUUCUGAAAACAUUCCUUAAACCAAUAAAGAAAGAUAUUAAUUUGCCACAAGAAAUAUCAAUUUUACCAAAAGUUAAACAAUUUGGUAGACUUAGACUUAGAGCUAAAAUUUUCAGUUCAACAUAUUCAAAAAGUAAAGCAGGAGAAAAAGCGGCAGAACAAAUUGACUAUAAAGCAAAAGUGUUAAAUAUCCAAGAAGUUAAAAUCAUCUUAAAAAUAUUGCUAAAGGUUAAUGUUAAUUAUGAGCAAGAGCAGCAAGAAUUGGCCAGUAAGGAAGGUGGUGAGGCUCUAAAAGUUGAGAAAAUUAUAUUGAAUGUUGAUCUAGAUAAUAUUUUACUGCUAGUUAAGCAAUUAAAACCUUUGGUUAAAGAAAUUAAAGUGCAAAAAUUGAGACAAAAAGACCAAGCAGUGGCUAUUCAAGCUCAAUUAGCCGAAAGGAGUAGAAUUUAUGAAUAA